AUGGGGGAUCAUCAACUAAUCAUUAAAGGUAACCUCUGCAAUGAGAGAAAUGUUUUUAUAUUUCUUUAGACGUGAUUAAUCUUAAAAUAAUUUUGAUUUUUUCGUAUUUCAGACGAAGCUUCCAGUUCGGGGGACAUGACGACGAGAUUAGAGAGUACGACCAAGACUGAUCGUAUUCCCACAACAUCUUACCUCCAGAUGAUUCGACAAUGGCCUAAGGCGACGUUUUUAAUCGUCUCCAAUGAACUCUGCGAACGAUUUUCCUACUAUGGAAUGAGAAGUAAGCGGCCUUGUGCAAAGAACAGGGACUUUAUUAAUGAGUUUGGGAAUUCCCAUAUGAUUUAUUUCCUCCAUUCUUUUCGCAUCAUUAUGACUUUUUUGGAGAAAUUAUUUUAAUUUUUUGCUACAGUAAUCCUUGUUGUUUAGCUGUGUUGACACUGUACUUUCUGAAUGUCCUCAAAUACAAUGAAUCCAACUCGACGAUGUUGUUCAACUGCUUUACCUCGUUAUGUUACUUUUCUCCCUUAUUUGGCUCUAUCUUGGCUGAUGCAUUUAUUGGGAAGUACAAGUAGGUCCUUGAUAUGUAUUCCUAUAGCUCUUUUUCAGAACAAUAGUCAUCUUAUCCAUCUUCUACACCAUUGGCCAGAUUCUUCUGGCCGUUUCUUCCAUCCAAGAUCCUGCCUCCAAAUUUCAUCCCUGGGCUGAUUUUAUUGGGUUGCUGAUUAUUGCCAUAGGCACUGGAGGGAUCAAACCUUGCGUUUCCAGUUUUGGAGGAGAUCAAUUCGACACUCAUCAGGUCGUUAUGAUCGCCUUGUUCUUUUCCGUAUUCUAUUUUGCCAUCAAUUGUGGAAGUAUGAUCGCUACUUUUGUCGCUCCCAUCUUCAGAGGUAUGGUUUGUAAUAUAAAAUGAUUUCCAUCAGGCUGAUUUUUAUCGAUUUAUUUUAGCCAAUCCGUGCCUCGGGCAGGAUACUUGUUAUCCCUUGGCCUUCGGGGUUCCUGCUCUCUUGAUGAUCGUAUCUACAAUCAUUUUUGUCGCAGGAAGUUACUGGUAUAAGAGACCAAAAGUAAAAUCGAAUGUAAUGAAGGAUGUCACCGUCGUUAUUGGAGUAAGUUUACAUUUCGAACGGUUGUUUCUUACUCUGUUUGAUUAAAAAUAAAUAUGCAAAUUUAUUUUUAGACUGCCCUUCGCAAUAAAUUCAACACCUCAGAGAAGAAGUCGCACUGGUUGGAACACUCCCUCACAUACCAUGACUGUAAUUUGUCCAACAGAUGCCUCAGGCUGAAGAAAAGAAGACGUGAUGAGAAUGCUUGUGCCGAGGCCAACUUCGUGAACGACGUAAAGACCAUGUUCAAAGUGGCCAUUAUGUUUAUCCCCAUCCCAAUUUAUUGGGCUUUAUCAGAUCAACAGGGAUCCACAUGGCUGAUUCAGGUGAGCGAAGCUUACUCUUGGAGAUGAGAAUAACCAUAAAAUAAUAUUAUUUUAGAGUCUUCAAAUGGAUUGUCGAUUGUGGGGAGACUUUAUGCUGAUCCCGGAUCAAAUGCAAUCCCUCAAUUCGAUCCUCGUUCUCAUAUUUAUCCCCAUUUUCUCCGGAAUAUUUUAUCCAUGCAUGGACAAAUGCUUUAAAAUGACGCAAGUUGAAUUAAUUUCGAUCAACUGCCCAGUACAAUUUAAAAAUUGUAAUCAAAAAAUUUCAGGUCUCUCCGCAAAAUGAGUCUGGCUUUAAUUUUGACGACCAUGGCCUUUAUCUCAGCUGGAGUUGUCCAAUGGGAAGUCAAUGUGGGUCUAAGAUACAUUAUCCAUGACAUUAAUAUUAUAUAAUUUCUAGAAAACCCUCCCCGAUCUGCCACAAAAAGGCCGUUCCUUUGUCUCCGUUAUCAACACUUUUGAUGGCUGUACGAUUGUUGUCGGUACUAAUGGGACUACAGACGUUUCAGUCCCUCCACAUACGGUAAAGUCUUUUAUAGAUGGUUCAAGGUGUAAUAUCUAGGCUCUGAUCAACUCCCCCGGCCACAGAAAUUUACUGGAUGUACCCAAAGGAGACGUCAAAUUUAACUUCAAAUAUAACGGAGAUUGCCUCAAUACUUUGCCUGAAGAAGUGACAUUCGAUGUGUUUGGAGAAGUCGGAUUCUUGAAUUUCAACGAGAACGGAGUUGUUUAUUCGCCGAUAUCUCCGGAUAAACCGACCGAAGGAACUGGAGAAUUCGCCAUGGGGUAAGUAGAUAAGCGAAAAAGAGCUGCUUUAUUCUUUCAAUGUUUGCGUUUUCUUUGUUUCUCUGUGUGAAGAACCCUCUCUCUUCUCUCUCGUCUCAGAGCGAGACCCAUUCCUUUUCCUAUCUCGUUUCGUGACCCCGUCCUCCUUUCCACGAAUCAUAAACUUACCUGGCUGGGAGAGCGGCACGAUCAAGAAGGUGUCGCCUCCACGGUGAGGCCCUCGCAUUGCACUUUGGGGACGGGUUGACCUGUGUGGCAGCUCCGAGUUGGGGUUGGCCAACAGCCCAAUUUUUGAGUGCGGGGUCUACGGACCUCCGAUAUCGUUUUAACAAAUUAGUUUCUCUCAUUUUCUUUUCUAAUAUAUUCCAGAUUCAUAGUUGCUCUGAAAAAUGUCGACAAUUACACGGGCAACCUGGCUUUGUGUCGAGAGAACAACGAAACAAACUACCCAUGUGAUCCCCAUCAAAGAUCCGACUUUUACUUUUAUCAAGUGGACUACGACAAUGGAGUCUCCAGUGAUCUCGUUGGGAGAUUCAAGUACCAUAGUAAAAAUGGAACUGAUGAAACCAAAAGAGCCGUUGUCUUCAAACCAAAGCCCGUCAGACCGGGGAAAUGGCGUCUAUAUUACAUGGAAGGGAAUGCCAAGUCAAUUGGAUUCACUGAAGACAAGGAGAAUCUGAAACUAAAUUAUUCAGGGUUUAGUUUCUUCAGGGAUACCCAAGGUGGAGUUUAUGUGACGAGUUUGAAUGGAAAACAGACUGAAGCCAGAACGACUGAGUAUCAAGUGGUCCCUCACAAUAUUGUCUCCAUCUUGUGGCAGAUACCUCAAAUCGUUUUGAUCAGUUUUGCCGAGAUUAUGUUGUCUAUCCCUGGCUUGGAGUUCUCCUAUCAAGAAGCUGGUAGAUCCAUGAAAUCUUUGAUGAGUAAGUUUAUUUUCUUCCUUGGGAUUCCCGCAUUUAAAUUUGAGAUUAUUUUUUACGUUAACCUUUGUAUUUGCAGGUGCCUUUUUCCAAGUGACCACUGGUGUCGGUGAUCUUCUGAUCGUAAUUAUCACAGCCAUGAAUCUCUCCAACAACGCAGCCACCAUGUUCUUCAUCUACGCCUCGCUAAUGGCUACGGCCACGGUUGUUUUCAUAUGCUUGGCCAUCUUCUUCUACGAAUAUGCACCUCUGGAUGAUUCAGAUGACGAUGACGACGUGGAAGGUGAAGAUGCGGAGUCUGUAAAUCCUUUGAGUGACUCGAUAAAGAAGAAAUCCGUUUACCAAACUUUGGAUUCGCCUGAUUUGAAGCCGGGAGAAUAUAACUUGGGCUUCAAUGAGAGUCGGAAUUCCCUUAGGCUCAGGUUUUAG